AUGGCCCUUUCCACUGGGACUCCAUCUGUCAACGGUGGGACUACCAUGAGCAAUGAUGAGGUGAUGGUGCAAAAUGAAAACGGGACCUUUUCAAUUCUUCCAGCGCCUGGUCAUGGUCUUGGCUGGACGAUCCCCACCAACAUUUCAACAAUGCCAAAGAUACAUACAAACGCAGCUUUGCAUCUGCUUCAGUGGCCUCUUAUUUGUGAUCUGGUCCAAAGACCCUACGAUCCCCAGAUACUUCUUUCGCUCGAGAUGGCACGUAGUCCUCUGGUGCUGUCCAAAACACCUUGUCUAGACCUUUCCAACACGUCCCCAUACAUUGAAGCAUUUUUCGCCAAGGUCAAUGUCUGGUAUGCCUGCGUCAAUCCAUUCAAUUGGAGAAGUCACUACCGCAUCGCGCUCUCGAAUGGUUUUCGUGAGGGACCAGAGAGCUGCAUUGUUUUGCUAGUCUUGGCUUUGGGUCAAGCGAGCUGCAGUGGAAGUAUCUCCCGACUGCCGAGCAAUGAGGAUCCCCCUGGACUGACAUACUUUGCCGCGGCAUGGGGUCUUCUUCCUGCACUGAUGAUGAGGAGUUCAGUACUCUCAGCACAAUGCACCAUUCUUGCCUCCGCAUACCUCUUCUAUCUGGUACGACCUUUGGAAGCCUGGACCCUGCUCAGCAGCACAAGCACGAAGCUGCAACUCCUUCUCAGUGCACCGGGAAGAAUUCCAGCGGGUCAAAAGGAACUAUGCGAGAGAGUCUACUGGAAUUCACUGCUCUUCGAGAGCGACCUACUUGCAGAGCUGGACCUACCUCAUUCCGGAAUUGUCCAAUUCGAGGAGAACGUGGGACUCCCAGGAGGAUUCGUACAAGAGGAAGAGGAGGGUGUUGGUCGCGACGAGCUAUGGUAUUUCCUCGCCGAAAUCGCUCUGAGAAGACUUCUCAAUCGUGUCAGCCAGCUCAUCUACUCGAAAGAUUCCAUGUCCUCAACUCAGAGUCUCGAGCCGGUCGUUGCAGAACUGGACUUCCAACUAGCGCAAUGGUAUGAGAGCCUGCCUCAAGCGCUCCAGUUCCCCUACAAUCGCUCCUUGCUGCAAGAUCCUGUACAGACCGUACUGCGAUUGCGAUAUUUUGCCUGCCGCACAAUCAUUUAUAGACCAUAUAUCCUCGCAGUUUUGGACAACGAGCAAGCAGCAAUGGACCCAUCAGUGCGGGAGAAUUGUCGCAAAUGCCUCGAAGCAGCCAUCCGGCAGCUGGAGCACAUCACGGCGCAAAGCCACGCCGGACACGUACCGUAUCUAUGGCAAGGCGCCCUCUCAAUUAUAUCCCAAACACUCCUCAUAAUGGGCGCAACCAUGUCUCCCUCCCUCUCUGGCAUCCUCUCAACGCUCGUUCCGCACCUUGACGCCGUCGACGCCAUCAUCAAUGACGUUGUCGUUGAAAUCGAGCGGUACGCGCAUCUGGCGCCCAGCCUUGGUCUUGGAGCAGAAAUCCUCCGUGAAGCUGAAAUGCGUCGAAGAGCGUAUCUUGGUGGCUGA